CUAGUCUUGUUGAGUCUGCAGUCACUGUUCACAGCAAUUCAAGAUGGAGAGAAAGCAGCGUACUACAAUUUCCGUAAGGUGGUUGUAAACAAGAAAGUUGGGCAAAGGAAACGCUUUUCUGCCAAAGACAACGAAGAUUUACUACGAAAUGGCGAAAUCCGUGCUAAGCUCGGAUACAUUACCGAAGGCGGGACGAGUAAACGAAGUGUGUCGGGAAUGGCUAGUGCACGAGGAUGGAGCACUUGCGUAUCGUCUUCAAGACGAAGAAAUCAAAGAGCAUUACACGGGUAAUAAGGUUCGCAAUGCGCAAGUAAGGGAGGACUUACCGAGAGCACGAGUCGAGCAAGAAUUAGAAACACUCAGAUAUCAAUCCUACGUUCAACAGCACGUUUCAUUUUGUAGAGAAGAAAGAGAUGCUCUUGUUGCAAGACAAAUAGCGCUGUCUCUGGAACGAGAGGAGAGGAAAAAGGAACGGGAAUUGCAGGAACAAAUGAGGUUGCAAUUGAGAUUGGACGACGAGGCUGCUCAGCUUGAAAUUAAUCGCCAUAUCCAAGAAGAAAAGGACGAGGAGUUGGCAAGAAAAUUGCAGCAGGAAGAGGAAGAGAAAGCUGUAGAUACUCACGAUGGACCAGUCAACGAGCAGCUGUUACUGGAUCAAAAAAUUGCGAUGGAAGCACAGGAUGCUGAAUUGGCCCGCAUGCUUCAGGAAAAGGAACGUAUGAAAGCGAGGAAAGCAAGACAGAGAGCGAAACAGAGAAAGUUGGAACGCCAACAGCUUCAGGAACUCGAUGAUCAGAAUCCCUCGGAGAAGCCUCAGAGACCGGAUAAGCUUGAUUUAAAGAAUGUACAAAGCAAGAGCAGAGUGCAGCAUACGCAAAAUUAUCCCCAUUAUUCAGAUCCUGAGGAAAUACAAACGUUGGACGAGUCUGUGGAAAAUAUGAGGGAAGUACCUAACGUUGCUGCUAUCAUCGACCCUACGUACAAUGGAAACUUACAUCGAAAUACUUCGAGUAGUUCGAGCAGCACUGUGAGCCCAACCCAUGCGUUACCUACACCACCACCGGAGCUUAUGAACGAUGAUGCUCCAUGUUACAUGCCUAUACAAGGACAACGACGAAAUCAAAUUCAAUCCCCGUCCCAAACUCACGAAGAGAAACACAAGCGCCGUGUGAAAGAUAGUUGCAAACAGCAGUAAAAAGCUAGCAUUAAGUCCCUCUAUUAAUAAUAAGUAUUUUUCACUGACGGAUAUUUUCGUUGCCAUGAAAAGAGUACAUAAGUUACUUACCGUAAGUUAUUUAGGGAUCGUAUUUGUAUCAGUGAAACUAAGGUUUAUACGUUAAGAAAGUUCUGUUUAAGAUUUAUACCUGAAGCAUAUCUCAGCUAAAGCAAUAUUUUUCAGCGUUACAUAAAUGUGCCUUUCAAAAUGGGUACGGUGUAAAAGAAAAUCAAAAGAUUCCAUGACAAACUUACAGACACUUUGAAUAAUCAAAUUGCACCGUCCUGCAUCUUAGAACUGCCUUCUACAAUUUAUAUUAAUGUUUGACCUAAAAAAUGAUAUUGCUGUUGAUGUUGUAUAAUGCUAAUGGAAAGAUGCUUGCGAGAAAAGAUAGGGAAAUAAUUAACGGAAUAGACAAUCAGGAUUAUGAUAAAAUAUAUUUAAAUAAUCGUGUACAAAGAUUGAUCAUUUGGACUGAACAUCAAAUGAAUCUUUAAACGAAAUUUAUUAUAGAUUUAAUAUAUUUCUAUGAAUUUUUGCUUGAUUUUUUAAAGCAAGUACGUUUUCUCUUUAAAUUAAGGCGCAGAACAAACGAAUAACUUACUGCCAAAGAUACCAUUUAUAACAAACUUGUACCAGAUCAAGUAUUAGCAAAAAGAUAAAAUCCAAUGAAAAAAUAUGCUAAACUAUAAAUGCGUGCUAAUUAGAAAUAUUAAAUACAUAAUAAUUUAAAUGAUUUUUUCAACAGUCUUGUUACGGUUCAAAGACAAAGAAUUGUGUAGGUGUAUCGAUAAUUUUUAUGAUGCUUUAACUGUCUUAAUCUUAAGUUCAAUAAUCAAGAUAUAUAUAAUCUAUUGAAAAUGUAAAUGUAUACAUUUGUAGUAUUAUUUAAUACUGUUUCAGUAUUUAAGCUUAACAAGUUAUUAUUUAUGGUGAUUGGAAAUUUAUUCUGUAAUGACCAUAUGUAUUAAUUCUUUUUUACAUUUAUUGUAUGAAUACAGCUAUACAUGGGUAUAUUAAUAAAUUAUUUACAAAGUUA